CUGUCUUGACCUCAGAGCUGCCUGGCAAUCACUGGGCUGUGUCUGGCACUGGCUACCAGACUGACCCUGACCUGCAGCUUCUUACCUGGACCUUGGACCUGCUUCGUCACCACAAGAUCACCUGAUGAAUGAGCUCGGCUGAACCCAAGUCUAUCCCUGGGCCUGUCCUGCUCUCAUCUUGUGCAAAACUAUGGGAAAAGCCCACCCUGGCACCUGGGCAGUGCCUGGCUGUACCUGUGAUGACAAGAAAGUCAUUGAGCUUCAGGAAGAAGGCUAAUGUGCAUCCUAAAUACUGGUUAUUGUAUAUCGUUUUAAGCCCUGGAGGACAGGCUGGGAGAGAUUACAAUAGAUUAUUACAAAAAUAAGCUAUUAUGAGUGCCUCUCCCUGUGCUGGGGUAGAAGGGCACCGCCUCAGCAUUGCUCUGAGGCAUUUGGAUCAGUGCUCAAAGAUUCCAGUGGAUUAGCACUGCCUCUUGCAACCGCUUUGCACCCAACACAGGGUGUUUGGAGCAGAUAUAGUGGUCAGUGGGUGACCAGAGGCCUUGGGUCCAAGGGGCUUUGCCAAAGCUGGGGGGCAUGGCUGGGAAGUACCUCUGGGGAGCAGGGCCUGGGCUCAGCACGAGCAUGCUGUGAUAGCUGGCAGGCGAGGUGGGACGCUGUACGGCACUGUCAGGAAGGAGGCCAGCAGAUUCCUCAGUGAUGGGAUAGCUCUGAAUGACCUCAGCACAAAUGGUUGGCGCAGCUGGUGGACUCUGAGCACCCUGCCUGUGCUGAGGAGAGCCAAGCGCCCCAGCUCUCUGUCCAGGAGGCACCCCUCACCCUACAGCACCCCGCAGCACCCUGUAGCACCCCGCUUGCUUGCCUGCCUGCUGAAGCUGAAGGGGACAAAAGUGUUGGCAGCUCACAGAAUUGUUAGUAGAAGAAGUAGGAAGUCAAUGGGGAAAGUCAAAGAGCUAUUCCCUUCUCAGCAUCAGGCAAAGCUGGCUCUGAAAAGGGUUGAGUAAAAUUGAGUGCUGGAAAUUAAGGCAUAGUGACUGUAUGAAAAGCUACCAUCAGUGAUGCACUGGGUAAAUGCUUAUGGCCCAUUUGAAUAUAUACAGAUAAACUGAGUAUUGCCAUAGACUACAAUAUUGAAACAGCAGUGCCAUUUAUAUUCUGGUAAAGGAGCUUGAUGUCUGUGUUUCAGCAGCUUUCUCUCACACAUGCCCUUGUUAAUAAGCCUCCAUACCACCAAAGAGUGCUCUCUUGGGUUCAAAUGGCAUCAAAUCUUCCAUCACUCUAGAUGCUGUUGGUGCCUCUCAUAGUACGGAAUGAUGUGGGUUUGCGUAACUCUGAAACAGCAGUACAAACCUCCUCACCCAACUUACUUCCUUUGGAAAUCACCAAAGUCGUUGGCUAGGGACACUGUGAAAAAGGGUUCACACUAAAGCCAACACUGGAGAAACUGAGUGUCCUGCUAACGGUGUGUUGGAACAGGCAGUCUCCUCAGGGGCUCUUCAGGUGCUUGCUGGAGCAGGGCAAAUUUCUCUGUGAAGGGGCAGUGUUCUAGUUGCAACUGUACCUCUGGUAUCAUCUGGCUGGAGCACUGACAACCCUGAUCCUUUAGAGCUGUAUAUGGUGUGUACCUGAAGAACUGUUGCUAUUCUGAUGGGAGUGAAGUGGGCUGUUGUGUGUAUGCUAAGGAAGGGGAUAAGGGAAGAGAAGGAAGUAUUAUAGAGGUGUGGGAGUCCUUCUUGAUUAAGUCCCUUCGCUGCACCUGCUUUAACCCAGCACAUUGAAGACCUUUCCCAGUCUGUGGAGCAUCCUUCAAGAAUGAGUGUGAAGGAGCAGCCUGGAGCGGCACUAGACCUGUAGGCCAUCAGCACCACAACCUCAGUCCCUACAUCUUAUCCAGAAGCACAGGGAUGGCUGGGAGCCUCACUGCUACUCAGGACUGAAUCUUCUUGCCUGCUCUCUGAAGAGAGGGCAAUUACCUGCACUGGAGACCCAGAGUACUUAUGGUUAUGGGGCUGCUCUGCUCUCUUCUGGGACAUUGUCUUUUACCUCUGUCUUCUCAGCCCUCCUCAUGAAACUGCAUCCCCAGAGGUAGCACAGAGGCUUAUCGGGGCAGUUCAAGCCCUACAGGUCCCCUACAUGGCCCCAGCUCUAGGGAAGAGGGAGGCCCGCGUCACAGCUGCACGCAUCACUGCUGCAGAUACACAAACUGAUCUAUCUCCUCAGGAGAAAAAACAGUGCCUCAGAGCCAAGAUCUAGGACCCACAUUGUGUCCAUGACCCCAGGAGCUGCUUUCGUCUCCACAAUCACGUGGAAGGAAGCGGACUUUGGCACAGGACUGUAGCCUGGGUGCAGGUACUGAGAACAGGUGAAGUGCCUGCAAGUCACUGUAGUUGUCAUUAAUAAUUUCAGCUUCAUCGUAAUGCUUUGUGGUAAUGGUGUGUGUGAGGAGUCUGACCACACUGGGCCCCUUGAAGGGACCUUGGACCAGUUGUAGUUUGUGCCUGGUCUCUAACGCUCACUGACACUGGCCGUCUUGGUAGCCAAGGGCAAGCUCUGACAGCCCACAGUCAUUCUGAGCCUUGCCAUCAGGGACUCUUACUUGGCAUAGCCCCAGAGCAAGGCCCAUGCACCAGCACAGGGAGCUGCUUUGCUCCCUCAGCUGUAACGAGAGCCCAGGCUGGAGGGAAGGGCUGAAAAGGGUGGGUCUGCUGAAGGGUCCCUUGGGCUUAUGAUGGUAUGGCUAGAGCAGAAACAACCACUCACUCUGAUCCAUGCAACACGUCCCUCUCCAUAGACAGGGCAGAUGGAUACCCCCUUUCCCCCCCCCCCGGCUCCCCCUCUUUUCUUCCCUCCUGGAGGUCACCUUCAGCAGGGAGGCAGCGUGCCCCCAGGACCAGAGGCAGGGGGAAGGGGCGGAGCGUCACGCUUAGCCCCGUAAUGCCUGGCAGCCCCCUCCGGCUGCUCCGUGCAGGCUGAACCCAGCCUAGAGUCUGCGGCUGGAGAAGGGAGGGAGUCCACGGCUGGCUGUCAGUGCUGUGCUGCUGGAGAAGCACUCAUCGAUGGCCGAGAGCUCAGCUGUGGCUGCAGCAGCAGCAGGGACAGCGGCACCAGCCAUGCUAGAGGAGCUCCUGGAGAUCACAGCUCAGAGCCUGGUGCGCACUGAGGUGGCUGAGCACUAUGAGGUUAUUCGGGAGCUGGGCAGGGGCAAAUAUGGCCACGUGAUGUUAGUGACCCACAGGCAGAGAGGGACUCCUAUGGCUCUCAAGCUGCUACCCAAAGCCAGUACCAAGCUGCACACCUUCCUGUAUGAGUAUUGUGUGGCACUCUCCCUCGCCGCCCACCCUGCCAUCAUCGGCAUGUUUGGAAUUGCCAUUGAGUCCAGUCAGUACUAUGGCUUCCUCUACGAACCAGCACUGCACAAAGAUCUCAUCUCUAUCAUCAAACCCCGGGAUGGGAUCCCCGAGCCAGCCGCUAAGCAGUGUGCCAAGCAGCUCGUGAGCGCGCUGGAGUUCAUCCACAGCCGAGGGCUCGUGUACCGUGACAUCAAGCCUGAGAACGUGCUGCUUUUCGAUCCUGAGUGUCGACGCAUCAAGCUGACUGACUUCGGGCUUACACGGCCCAAGGGUACCAAGCUGAAGCUGGUGGCCGGGGUAAUCCCCUAUACCGCCCCGGAGCUGAGCAACACCGCUGAUGCCCAGGGGGUGCCCAUUGACACCAGCUUGGACGCCUGGGCCUUUGGCGUGCUGCUCUUCUGUCUGCUGACUGGCUACUUCCCCUGGGAGCAGAGCCUGCCAGAUGACCCUUUCUUUGAGGACUUCAUGCAGUGGCAAGAGACAGGCCUGGAAGAGGACCUGCCCCGCCACUGGAAACGCCUGACAGCUGAGGCUGCCCUGAUGCUGCGGAGCCUGCUAGCCCUAGAUCCUGCCAAGCGUUGCCCCGUCAGUGGGGUGCUGCGCUAUGUCGAUCGCCCUUGGCGACUGGAGGAUGGCAACAGCCAGGAGGCUGCAGUGAAGCCCUAGAGCCUGUUCCCCAUAGGGGCAAGAUGGCAGGUCUCACCCUGCAAGGGACUUCAGAGUGUGAGGCACCAUGGUGGCCUGGGUGUGAGAGGCCAUGGUGAUCCAGAGGGCAACUUCUUUGUUGUCAUGGAGCCAAGCUCCUUCUCCAACUGAUGGUCCUCACCCCAUGGUUCAGUGCUGCCCAGUGCCACCUGCUUGUGCUUCAUUGGGGCUUGAAAAUAUCCUUCUUUUGGAAAUAACUGUCCGUGUGUGAAGCACCCGCUCGCUUCCUGGCCACAGGGACUCCAGGGUGUUUUCUAGGUGCUGCAGUGCCUGCCUUGUCUCAAAAUAGAGCAAAAUAUGUACUUUUGUGUUUGCGUAUGUGGCUCUUUUCCCUUCAUAAUAAAAUGUCUGUGGGGUCUGCUUGA